AUGGAUUAUUCUCGUUUUGAGAAACCUCUUUAUCCUAUGAAGCUCAAGCAACAAGCACAAAAGCAACAAUAUGCCAGGUUCUUAGAUAUGUUUAAAAAGUUGCAAGUUAAUAUUCCCUUUGCUGAGAAGAAGUUCCCACCAAAGCUUCGAGAUCCUGGAAGUUUCAACAUCCCAAUUGCCAUAGGCAACACCAAUGUUAGCUGGGCACUUUGCGAUCUUGGAGCAAGCAUCAAUCUGAUGCCAUUGUCAAUAUGCAAGUCAUUAGGAAUUUCUGAGUUGAAGCCACCCAUGGUCUCUCUACAGCUUGCUGACCGUUCUUUGAGGAUACCUAAUGGAGUCAUAGAAGAUGCCCUUGUCAAAGCUGACAAGUUCAUUUUCCCUGCUGUUUUCAUUGUGCUGGAUAUGGAGAAGGAGAGUGAAAUACCUCUCCUACUGGGAAGACCGUUCUUGGCCACAGCUUGA